AUGGCUCGUUUCGCUCUUUUCUCUGCAGCUCUUGUUUCUAUUCUCCCCGCAGUGUUUGCCUCUCCUACUGGGGACAGCAUUGCGCUUGACAAGCGUGUUACUCAUGAAGGCUGGGCAACGUGGUACGACACCGGUCUCGGAGCCUGUGGAUACACCGACAGCAACAGCUCCCCCGUUGUUGCUAUCUCCCAUUUAAUCUACGGGAGCGGUGGCAACUGUAACCAGGCAAGUAGCUUAUAUAUGUGCAGAGCUGGAUUUACUGACGACCGAGCGGUUUCACAGUGGAUGGAGAUCACAUACAAUGGGAUCACCCAAUAUGGCAAGACUCGCGACGAAUGCGAGGCCUGCGGCGAGUACGACAUUGACCUCAGCCCGUCCUUGUUCGAAGGCUUCGCCGACUUGAGUGUAGGCAAGUUGGAGGAUGUCGAAUGGCACUUCAUGAACAAAGACUGGUCCCCGUAA